AUGAGCGAGCAGGUCGCGGCCGCGGAGGCGCCUCCCGCAGCCCCUACACCCGCUGAUGCUAUCGAAAACGCAGAACAGACGGAGACAAUGACGGUGAAUGCGAAGGUGGCCGAGGAAGCUGCCACAACCCCCGUAGACGAGCACAUAACGAACGAUGAGCAGGCCGCUACGGCCCGUAAACGCCGUAUGUCGAGUCCCCGCGUGUCUAAGCAGUCUAACGAGGCAGAGGGCGAUGACACUGAGUCAGAACCCGAGAAACAGCCUAAGAAGCGAGCCAAAACCUCGAAAGGAGCCAAGAGAGGACUAAAGACUCCUGGUCGUAGGAAGAAGGCAGCUGCGUAUCCGGAAGAAAACGCAGCGGACGAACAGAGGGGGGUGGAGAAGAAAGUAGCGGCUCUAAGUGACGAUGUUAAAGGAAGGUUCGGCCAAAUUGUCUGGGCUAAGAUGGCCGGCUACCCUUUCUGGCCCUGUAUUAUCACGGACCCGCGCUUGCUACCCAAGAAGCUACAGGAGACAGCCAUGAAGAAUUUGGAGACGAAAUAUCUGGUGUUUUUCUACGUAUCCAAUAACUAUGCCUCCAUCUCCUUCAAGAUGAUUGAGCCGUGGGACGACACCAAGAACAAGUACCGUGAAGGGUACCCGGAGAAGGACUCGAAGGCCCCCAAGCGACGAGUCAGUCUCAUGAUGGCAAUCGAAGUGGCAGAUAAAGAGACCACGUUACCGAUCGAGGAGAGAGCGGACGGACUCUUGAGGCCUAUAGAGAGGAUUGCAGCUGUGCAGUCAGCGGAUAACGUGCCUACGACUGUGAAACGAAAGCCUGGCCGACCACCCAAGGUCAAGACAGCGCCCAAAGCAACGAAAACCCCAGAGAAGCGACAGAUAAAGGAAGAAGUAGCAGACGGGAAUGACGGGAAGGAAUUGACGCCAGCAACCACACAAGAAGAGGAGGAGGAAGUGGUGCCGCCGUUGAGUAAAGAAGAGAUUAAAGCCAAGGUUGCAAGUCGCAAGACGCCCAAGAAGAAAGGAGCGGACGACGUCGCUAAUGUCGUUGGGGCUUCGGCCAAGAAGACAUCUAAAGCUACAGCGAAGCACGGGAAGCUAAACGGCUCGGAUAUUGACAGCAAGCGCAAGAAGGAGAUCGAACUGGUGGUGCCCCACAAGACCGUGAAGUCUGCGGAUAUCCGUGAGAUGACGGAGGAAGCGGCCAAGAAGAAGUUAAAUGGACCGAAGAGUAAGACCAAGAAGGACAAGGGAGACUACAAGGUGGGCGACUUGGCUUUGUUCGCGAGUAAGAUGGCACGGCUGUACGCGAAGGAAUCGUCGCGGAAUAACGACGAGCUGGUUGGGAUGAUGCAGGAGCUGUUCAAGGAGACGCUCAUGUAUCGUUCUGAUGUGGAGCGAUCGGGACUGGCUGCAAUUAUUGCGCAACUCCGCAAAAAGAGCUCGAAUCCUACGGUCGGGCGAACAGCGAGCGCGCUUCGAAAGCACAUGAUGAAUAUCCUGAACAAUGACACAGAAAUUACCCAUCUAGGCAAGAAAAGUCAUCAAGACGCUGCGACUUCUGGCACUAAAAAGCGGAAGGCUGAGAACGGGAGUGCAGUGAAGGAAGAACUGCCAAAGGUGUCGUCUCCAAAGAGCAGCGAUGCAAAGGAAAGUGCUGCUGCGAAGGACAAAUCCAUCACUCCUCAUGUGAGCGCAUUGCCUGCUAUGAAAGCAGAAGACUCACAACAGGACGCUGGAGUGAAGACAAAGGAGGAGAAUAAAUAUGUGGAAGAAGCAGCAAAGGCAGCGGAUGCACUAGUGAAAGCGGAGGAGCCUGCUGAGAGGGUGCUAACAGCCACGGAAGAGCGAUCAGCGUCUAUAGUGAAGACGGAGAAGGUUGAAAAAGAUGCAGUCAAAGACACAGAGGAUCUGCUCGAAGGGCCAGAGCAUAUGGACAAGAACCGAACGGUUUUUGUGAACAUGUUGAGCCGAAUUCUUGAGCAAGAUGGAUCACAACGGGCGGACCUGGCAACGGAAAUUGAGGCCGCACUGUUCGAACGCUUCAAGGAGAGUCACGAUGAUUACUUGACUCAAGCGCGUAUCAUCAUGUUUGGCCUGAAGGACAACGUUUCCAUGCGGAAGCGACUUUUUUCCGGUGCCUUGCAUUGUUUGGAGUUCGCAUAUGCCGACGAUGCGGUAAGCCAAGUCGUGUGGGGACGUGAAGCUGAUCAAAGUUGA